GACGACAGAAAAGUGAUGCCAUGACGUCACGUAGCUGGUGGGACAUCCGGGACCUCUCGCCUUGCCUGGGUCAUGUGACCCAAAAUGGUGGACAGAUUGGUGCACAGCGAGGCGAAUGCCAGGAGAAUAGCUCAGGUGGAGACCUGCUUUGGUGGCUCUGGGCAGCCCCUAACAGGUCCAGGCCGGGUGCUGGUGGGAGAAGGUGUUCUCACCAAGCUGUGCAGGAAAAAGCCCAAACCUCGGCAGUUCUUCCUCUUCAAUGACAUCCUGGUGUACGGAAACAUUGUCAUCAACAAGAAAAAGUACAACAAACAGCACAUCAUCCCACUGGAGAAUAUUAAGCUGCAGUCUUUGGAAGACAACGGUGAACUGAGGAACGGUUGGCUCAUAAUCAGCCCGACAAAGUCCUUUGCAGUCUACGCCGCUACAGCAACAGAGAAGUCAGAAUGGAUGGCUCACAUCAACAAGUGUAUACAGGACCUGCUCGCAAAAGGUGAUAAGAGGCCAAUGCAGGAACAUGCAGCAGUGUGGGUCCCUGAUUCUGAAGCAAACGUCUGUCAACACUGCAACAGGACUAAGUUCACCCCCAUACAGAGGAGGCACCACUGCAGGAACUGUGGUCGUGUGGUGUGCGGUGCCUGCUCCAGUAAGAAGUACCUCCUGCCCCACAUGUCCUCUAAGCCCCUGAGGGUCUGCCUCACCUGCUAUGAUAACCUCUCCAAGGGCCGGAUGCAGCCGGAGAACGCAGGCAAGCAGCAGCCCAUGGCGGCCAUGCUGAACGAUGACUCAUCUGACGACAGCGACGAUGAUUCAGGAACUGACAACACUGACGGGGACAGGCCCUCCUUCUAUGAUGGGUCCCAGCCCAGAUGAGUGCACCAGGACGGGGGGGUUUCCUACCUACAACUGUACAUCUGUACAUCUCACAUAGUCACAGCACUUCCUACAGCCUUCAGCAUGCAACCUAGCAGGACAGCGUAGCAGCGUAGGACAGCACGUCGGCAGAACGUACUGCACCUAAAACUACCAUUUUCUGGCCAUGUUAGUCUAGUAAGUUGAGUACUGUUUAGAUUUUGAAUGAAACUUUGAAAGCUCAUCUGUGUUGGUAGAAUCUAUAGUUUAAACGUUGUUUCUAAGUCUAAACUCUUCAACUGUUUAGAUUUGUUAUAAAAGUCAUGGCAAGUUUUAUGAACGAAAGGUUCUCUUUGCAUACAUGUAGUUUUAAUGUUUUAAUGGCAUAAUACAGUCAUACAUAACAAUCAACAUAGCAACAAUCCCUUGUGGCAGCUGCAAACAUGUUAUUUUCUCUUAUGAAAAUAUAUUCCUUCAUUCUAAUUUCCAGUGAACAUGAUGAUCAUUGUAAAUAUUACCUCAAUAGUGAUCCUGUACUGUCAACCAUUUUAAAUUUUGCGAAAUACUGUACAACAGUGUGGUUGUUACUUUGACCACCUGUGCUUUUAUAGUUAUGUUUUAUAUGAUCAUGUGAACGUCACAUGAUGAGUUGCUUACUGUAAGCCGAUUGGUCCAGAACAGAUCGUGGCCACUCACAUGUCAUGUGACUGUCACAUGAUCAUCACAUGAUAGGUUGCAUGCUAAUAGCUGAUUGGCCAGAAACUAUUGCAAUAACAUGCCAUUACUGUGGCCAGUUACACAUGUACAGUCUACCUAGAAUCAAACCUAACAGAAAUUCUUACCCUUGUAUAAAUAUGUGCUAACUCCUCUGCAUGAUAUUUAGUGUACUAGUAGUAAGGGAGAAAGGGAGAAAUUUAACAUAUAAUUGUAAGACUUAGUAAUGUUAAUAAUUGUUGACUUUGGGAUAUGGUGGCCAAUGCUUUAAGACUUUAACACCCAUUAUGAUAUACAUUAAGCUUGUAAGCUUUUAAGAUAUUUUACACCAUAGGAUAUGUUUUAAAAGUUGGAUGUUUGAAAGUGCAUAUUUUGAGCAUUUUAGGAUGAUUGAAGUAUUAUAAAUAUAGCUUGGCUUAGUGAUAUUUUUAUGCUUGGGAAAAUGCAUUGCUCGCAAUCUGGGUACUGUGUGUGAAUGAAACUACACUUUGAUUUGAAUGCAGAUAUUUAGAUGUAAAAAAAAAAACUCUUCUACACAACAUGAUAACAGGGUUUAAGAUCAUUUUGUGUGAAUGACUUCAACAGAACAUGUAAAUAUACCCAUUUUUUCAAUGACGAGAAUGGAGUUAUAGUAUGUGUAAUGUAUACAUGCUAAAACCUACAUUCACACUGCAUAAUAGAGAAUGUUUGCAGUUUAAAACUGACCGUCCUAGUGUAAGAAAAGAGUGGAAGUUGUAUUUUUUUCAUCAACUAAUACUGUAAUAGACGUAACAUGGUGGUGUGGUUGAGUAAUCAGUUCUAAAGAGAGCUAUUAUGUAAAUUUUGUAGAGUUGAAACUGAUUUUGGUAGUCAGAGCGCCAUAAAUAGUGACCCUGCCCUAUACAUGUAAUGCUAUCAUCAUGAAAUAUACCGAUUUUCUAUUGACUCAAGUUUGAAGUUAUAAUAAGUAAAGCUGUAACACAAUAACUUGUCAUAACCUGUGUAAGAAACUGUUCUACGUUAUUUAUGAAUUACGCAGAAAAUAUGAGAAAGUAUAUUGGGAAGUUUAAGUGCAAGUGUGUGACAUUUUUUACCCAUAAAGACAGAACUAAGUUUAAACUGGUACUUACUUACAUAUAAACAGUCUUGAAUUGAAAAUUAAAAUGUUUGCAUCUUUAGAGAAGUUUGCUAGCUUGCUAGGGCAAUAUUGUAAGGAACUUUAAGAAAAACCCACCUGAUUUAUCAAUGUACAAAUCAUGGAAUCAAGCUUUUAUUAAAACCUGUGCACUUUGUUUUCUAGCAUUCUAACAUUUUGUCAAUGUGUGUUGAGUUAGCAGGCAUACAUGAAUGGGUGUAGGGUACAUGUAGCCAGGGUGGCUUUGGGUUUUUGAGUUUAAAACAUGUAUGAUACUGUAAUGACUUUUAAAUCAAAUGUGCAUUUUAGAUACCACCUGGUGUGUAGUUUUAUAACUUGCAGCAGAAUCGUGGGAAACCAUCUUACAAGCAUGUUUUGUAACUGUAUACCUGUGUCCUCUUAUGGCCUUUUUGGCAUUGCGUUGGGGGAAGGCAUUUUAGUUCUGGCAUGUACUUUGAUGUAGUACAAUAUAUGCCAUAUACAUAUAGAUGUAAUUGAGUUUUCUGCAAAACUAAAAUUGGGAAAUGCAUGUUGUUUUAAAAGCCAGGUAAAACUUGCCAGUCUGUCAAAUUUUUGACAACAGAAUUGAAAGAUGGAAGCCAUAUCAGCUCACAAAACACUUUAUGGAUUUUUGUUUCAAAUCCUCUUCUGCUUUCAUUUGUGGCAGUUUUAAAGCACAUUUUCAUGACUCAAUUUAGUAUAACUCUAAGCUGAAAUGAUACAGCUCUUUUAAAUUCUUCAGCAUUAGAAGAUAUUCAGGUGAUUUUAGCUUAUACAUGUACAUUGUAUGGCACUUGAUAGCAGUGUGCAAAAGUCUUACAUUGAACUUUACACA